AUGGUGGCAUUGACACAUGAAAAUCAUGCUGCAACGGAGAAUACGAUCCAUACUGGAUUGGAGAGAAUUGUUGAAGGAUGCCGAUUCAUGGUGAAGAUGACCACACAGGAUGAAUACAAGGUGAUGCUGGUUCGCUGUGAUCCAUAUCGCUUCUAUGUGCACUACAUUGAUUGCAAAAGAAGACUCGAUGAAUGGGUUGGCCCUGAAAAUCAUCUUGACUCCUUGCGUAUGCCACAGAAGGGAAAGGAAGGAUUGAUUGUGCAAGCAGUGGAAAGCACAUCGGCAUCAGCAUCACCAGAACGUGAAAUGAGCAAGGAAAGCGCGCCAAUGCGAAAAACAAAGGCAGCCGCUAUGGAUGAGGAUAGUCAGGACAGGAUGGCACAGAUUGGAGCCCCAAGCACGCGGGGAUUGAUGUCGAUGGUGGGUCACAGUGAGGAUGCUCUAACGAGAAUCCGCAAUAUCGAAAUGAUCGAGUUGGGAGAAGAAAUGUUACCUCAAGCAUCCGCCUGUAAGAAUAAGGCCUACGCUCGAACCUGUGUUUGCUGGCAAGGUUAUCUUGAUCACAAGACUCUGUACUACGACACAGAUCCUUUUCUCUUUUUAUGUUCUUGCGCUCCUAAUGACCGCGGAUUCCACAUCAUUGGCUUUUUCUCUAAGGAGAAAGAGUCAGCAGAAGAGUACAAUGUGGCUUGUAUACUGGUUUUGCCUCCAUCCCAGAAGAUGGGUUAUGGGCGAUUACUGAUAGAGUUUAGGACGAACACAGUAUCGUCUGGAAGUGCUGACUCAGCUGAAGAAGGAGAUGUCGAAAUAAGGAGGACGGAUUGA